AUGGAGACUCUCAAGAAGAGAUGGUCAUGGCUGAUCGACAUCCAUGAUCCAUCAGCCGUAACUCAAAAGCCCCCAUUCCAGAAAACCACGACAGGUCACGUCGCUAACCCUAUGACCAGUCAUUCCUCAUCCUCUAUUAGGUAUGCUGAUGAUAUUAUUCCGGCUGAUCCUCGAAGAGCAGUGCACACAAGGGAUGGAGUGUGGGGGUUCGGGUCUACUGUACCUGCUACUGUACCUGCUACUUUACUGUGUCAUGUAUUAUGCUACUGUAUCCUCGCCUUUUGGUUGCCUCGUCUUUGGGGCACGGACGGUGUCCUAGUCCUGAUCCUCCUAUCCCUGAUUCUAUUGCUGGGAUCAAUGUCCCGGUGGAUGAGGUCGAGUCAGUCCACUACAGCCUACAGGAUCGAUCGCAUGACGAAGCGCGUUGCAUUGUGUGUCCCGCUGUGCCAAAGAGAGCAUCCCCGAUCGGAAUGGCUGGUAGGGGUCAAGAGCUAA